AUGGCAUUCACAGCGCGAAUGCGGCAAAUUGUCCCUGGCCUCUUUCUUGGGAACGUCGAAGCAUCAUUCAACGGAACCCUGCUGCGAGACAACGGCAUCAACGCCGUACUCUCACUGACUGAUGCGCGGUGGGAAUGGUGGAACACAAUGACCAGAGAGGCGGGGAUUCCAGAACAACGUCACAAAUGGGUGCAAUGUGCGGAUUCGUCGACGCAGGACCUUCUCGCUCAUCUGGACAACAUCUGCGAAUUCAUUGACCAAAUGGCCUCUCCCGCUCUACUGUCCUCCCGUUCGUUACAUAUUCAACACAAGUAUGAGGAGCCUGCUUCGGACCCCCCGGCGGCAAUCCUGAUUCAUUGUGACGUUGGGAUUUCUCGUUCGCCGACGAUCAUCAUCGCCUACCUGAUGCGCAAGUACGACAUGAAGCGGGAGGAAAUCACAGCGUUCGUGCGAUCGAAACAGACAGUGAAGCCGAGUGCCAACUUCAUCCGGCAGCUGCAAAUUUGGGAGGAGCUGAAAUAUCAGGUGUGGGAAGAUGAGAAGAGAACGGUUCCGAAAGCGCCGCAUCAAGCCUUUCUGAAUGACCGAGCAGCUCUUCUGAAGGAAAAGGGCCUUACUGGGGAUGAGUUUCUCAUCCCGCGCAAUCUUUAG